AUGUCAGCAACAAAACUUUUCGAACCGCUUAAGCUGGGCACGGCUCAGCUUCAGCACCGUGUGGUCAUGGCACCUCUGACCCGACGUCGCGCCGACAAGGACCACGUUCAAUUGCCUAUGGCGGUAGACUAUUACUCACAAAGAGCAUCAUCAGGAGGUCUUAUCAUUGCCGAAGCAGUCUUGAUCUCUCCCGAGCAUGGUGGCUUUAGUCAUGCCCCUGGAAUCUACACGGAAGCUCAAAUCGCUCGCUGGAAGNNGGAAAUCACAGAUGCCGUUCAUGCCAAGGGCGGCUACAUUUACGCUCAACUGGUCUCUGUCGGUAGAGCAGCCGAUCCCAGCGUUUUGAAAGAGGAAGGAGGUUUCCCUGUCCUCAGCUCGAGCGAGGUACCUCUGAACGAAGGACCAGAUUCAAUCCCUCAUGCCUUGACCGAGGAGGAAAUCAAAAGGGCAGUGCGGACCUUUGCCCAAGCAGCCAAAAAUGCUAUGGAAGCAGGCUUCGACGGCAUAGAACUCCAUGGCGCGAACGGCUAUCUCAUCGACCAAUUCACUCAAGACACCUGUAAUCGCCGCACCGACUCCUACGGUGGCAGCAUCGAAAACCGAUCCCGCUUUGCUCUCGAAGUUUCCGAGGCUUGUGUCAAUGCUAUCGGUGCCGAGCACGUUGGUUUUCGCAUCAGUCCCUUCAGCACAUUCCAAGGCAUGAAGAUGGACGACCCCAUAUCUCAAUUCUCGCAUCUCGUCCAGGAACUCAANAAACAACAGUUGGCCUACUUACAUAUCAUUGAAUCCCGCGUCAUCAACAGCGUGGACUGCGAGAAAACCGAAGGCAUCGAACCCUUCCUCGAGAUCUGGGAUAACGUUUCUCCUGUACUGGUCGCUGGUGGCUUUUCUCCUCAAUCCGCCAAACAUGCUGUUGAUGAGGAGUACAAGCAAUACGAUACUGCUGUUGUUUUUGGUCGUCAUUUCAUCGCUAAUCCGGAUUUGCCGAUGAGGAUUUUGAGGGGAGUGGAGUUGAACGGGUAUGAUAGGAGUACGUUUUAUAGUCCUAUGCAGAGGGAGGGGUAUUUGGAUUAUCCCUUCUGGGAACAGAGUAGGAGGUGGAAGUUGAGGCAUGAGAGGUGGUUACGUACCGGGAUGCACUUUCAAAUCCUUGUGCGUUGUCUGUUUGCACCCGAUCUUGACAAAAAGAUACAUCGUUGA